AUGUUCUCUCUCAAGUCCUUCGUUCUCGCCGGUGGCCUUAUCGCCCUCGCUGACGCUCACAUGAAGCUGAGGGUCCCCACCCCUUACAGCAGCCCCCCCAUCACGUCCAGCCCCAUUGAUGCGGGCGGUGCCAACUACCCAUGCCAGACCGAUGGCAACGACUACGUGGGCGAGCCGACCAAGAUGGAGAAGGGCUCCAAGCAGGAGCUGGGCUUCACCGGUUCCGCCGUCCACGGCGGUGGCUCCUGCCAGGUCUCUAUCACCUACGACGAGAAGCCCAACGCUCAGAGCUCCUUCAAGGUUCUGAAGUCGAUCCAGGGUGGCUGCCCCGCCCGGGGCGUGGCCGGCAACAUUGAGCCCGAGGCCCCGGAGGGCGACGCCCCGGACACGUACGAGUUCAUGAUCCCCGAGGACAUCCCCAGCGGCAAGGCGACCAUCGCCUGGACCUGGUUCAACAAGAUCGGCAACCGCGAGUUCUACAUGAACUGCGCCCCGGUCGAGAUCUCCGGCAGCGGGGGCAGCGAGGCCGGUCUGGCUGCGCUGCCUGACAUGCUGAUCGCCAACAUCGCCCAGGCCGGUACUUGCAAGACCGCCGAGGGUAGCGACAUCGAGUUCCCCAACCCUGGUUCCGACGUUGAGACCGCCGAGGGUGACGUUAAGCUUGCCCCCCCCGAUGGCGAGUGCGCUGCCGCCGGUGGCUCCGGUGGCUCCGGCGGCAGCAGCGGCGGCUCUGCUACUGCUGCCCCCGGUGGCGCUGCCACUCCCGCUGUCCGCGGCCGCCACUUCCGCGUCUAA